CAUUCUGCAACAAUGUCGUUCCGCCGUGGUAUGAUUUCAUUUGCCGGAAUAAUGGGCGUCGCCGUACUCCUGCGCUGCACGAUCGUUCCAGACGAGGAAAAGAUUCUCCGGAGCAUGAGCGCCGAGGUGCGCGCCGACUACGAGCGCAACAAGGAUAAGCGGAGAGAACAGCACGAUGCGAUCAUGGCUCAGAUCAUUGAAAACUCAAAGUCAGAUAAGCCCAUCUGGGACGUGACGCCGCCACCAAAACGCGAGUUCAUCAGCAAGUAG